CAACAAUUGACCUUUUCCACGCUGAACGUACAGCAGUGCGGUCAACUGAGUGUCGCUAGCUCACCGCUGUUCAAUUUCUGUAAUCUAACAGGACUUGAUUAAGUCGGCUAGCACUCGAAACCAUGUCAUACUUCAAGGAACCAGGCAAGGGGGGACCAGCUGAAGAAAGCACAGCCCACCGCAUCCGAAUCACGCUGACAAGCCGAAAUGUCAAGAAUCUGGAAAAGGUGUGCGCUGAUCUGAAGCGCGGAGCCCAGGACAAGAACCUGGAGGUCAAGGGCCCGGUGCGCAUGCCUACCAAGACGUUACGCAUCACCACCCGCAAGACGCCGUGCGGUGAGGGGUCCAAGACGUGGGACCGAUACCAGAUGCGUAUCCACAAGCGGCUCAUCGACCUCCAGAGUCCGUCAGAGAUUGUCAAGCAGAUUACGUCGAUCAGCAUUGAGCCAGGUGUAGAGGUCGAAGUCACCAUCGCUGAUGCAUAAAGGACAAAGCUCAACCCUCCCCCAUCCUCCUGACCCUAUCCACAGAAUCUGAAGUGACCUCCCACCCCUGGGCACACAUCAGCACAUCAUUUGAUUGAAAUGGACGACAUGGGAUUUCAGUUCGUAUAAAAACUUCCAAUAAAGUUGCAACCACGUGUAAACUUGAAAAGGA